AGGAGGUUGAAAUAAAGUGUUAGCAGUUAUAUUCAUUAUUAAUUAAUCUGCUGAUUACCUUUGCAGUUAACACAUUUUUUGGUUAGUCCACAAAAUGUGAAAAAAGAACAACAGAAAAAUGCCUACAGCAAUUUCCUAAAGCCAAAAGUAAUGCAAUCAAAUAACCUCAGACCAAAACUCAGAUAUAUGUAAUUUAAAUGCUACCUGCACAUUUUUGGCUUUGUGACUUGAUGAAUGACUUGAACAUUUAUUGAAUUAUCUUUUAUUAUCUGUUGACUACUCAUGAGUGAAUGUUGGCUUAAAACCACAUAAUACUCAUGAAGUCUGUCUUUAUAAACUACCAUUGCAAAACAUUUGAAAGUGUCUAUAAUCAUUGUUUUUUUCAUACAGUUUGUACUUAGAUUGUUUUCUAUUGUAGAAAAUGUUUUUUAGGUUUUGUGUAACACUGUGUUGUUUACGACACCAUGUAAACACACACAAACACGCCCUGCCAUUGGAGCUCUGUACCUCUCUUACUCUCUGCCCCCUAAAGCAGCCUGUUUUACAUACAUGUUGUUGUCUGUGUCAAGUACUGAUUUCAAGACCCCUUUGUUCUACCCCUUCAUUUUGCCUCUUUUCCCCUCAGACACCAGCCCUGGUUUCUAGCGAGGCUUUUAGUGCAUUUCUCCACAAGCACUGUCCUGUGGUGGCCGAGCGCUUCAGUCCCACUCCGUGGUGCUGGGGAGGUCGGCUUCAAACGCUGGUCUGUGCCUUCCUCAAGUCCCGCCCGCACGUCACUUAUCGCAAUGAGCUGAUCCGUACUGUUGAUGGUGGUCAGAUCUCUCUGGACUGGGUGGACAAUCAGGACAGUGCGACCUACCCAGAAUCCUCCACCCGACCCACAGUACUGAUCCUCCCAGGCCUGACUGGCAACAGCAAGCAGUCCUAUGUGCUCCACGCCAUUAGCCAGUCCACCCGCCGCGGUUACAGAUGUGUGGUCUUCAACAACAGAGGGCUUGGAGGGGAAGAGUUGCUGACGCCUGUCACCUACUGUGCAGCCAAUACCUCAGAUCUUGAGCGUGUGGUGCAGCAUGUCAAAGGACUUUACCCACAUGCCCCUGUGUUUGGUGCUGGUGUGUCUUUGGGAGGCAUGUUGUUAUUAAAUUACCUGGCCCGUAAGCGCACAGAGUCAGGAAUGGUCGCGGGUUUCACCAUCUCCGUCCCCUGGAAUGCACUAAAGUCUGCCGCUUCAAUGGAAGAACCGCUCAACUGGCUGCUUUUCAACAAAUACCUCACCAACGGCCUGUGUCAAGCUGUCACCAGACACAGGAAGGUUCUGGAGAAAGUGGUGGACAUUGACUAUGUUGUGAAGGCGCAAACGAUCCGCGAGUUUGACGAACGCUUCACCUCUUUGCUGUUUGGUUAUAAAUCUUGUACGGACUAUUACCACGAUGCCAGCCCAGACAAUAAACUCCAUAAUACAGCAGUACCCAUCCUGUGUCUCAACGCUGCUGACGACCCCUUCUCUCCCCAACACGCUUUCCCCUUGACCACGGUCCAGAGCCUGCCUAAUGUCGCUCUGUUGUUGACGGCCCACGGUGGACACAUCGCCUUUCUGCAGGGUUUGUUUCCCCGAGGUGAGAGCUACAUGGAGCACGUGUUCGGUCAGUUUGUUCAAGCCGUCUUUGAACACCCUGAGGACAUCAUGAAAGCCUGUGGCAUUAAAGAAGAGCAGGCGAGCUGAUCACCUUGUUCUUUGAGUCUGACUGAAAAACAGAAUGACCACUAGCUGAGAAGAGUAUGAAGUCACUGGCAUCACAGCAGUAAAACAGCAAUCCACAAAAAUGCAUUGCUCAGCUUUGCAUGCCGUUACCACAGACAUGUUGGGUGUCCUCCAUGUUUGCACAGAGAAUGACCAACUGUAUUGUACAAUCAUAAGACCUCAUUGCAACUAUGCUAAUCUACCUCCUCAUCGUCUCAGGUUCUCUUUUAAUGAGCAAUCAAUGAAGUGAAAAAAGUAACAAACUCAUCUGAUAAAUAUUCAGUAAAACUUGCAGCUAGAUGACAAGCUAAUGCAGAAUAGUGAACCAAGACAAAAAAGAUAAUACAUUCAUUUUUACAAAAAAAGUUGAUAGGCUGUAAAUUGCUUUUAGUCACAUAGUUUCUCUCACAUGCCGUCCCAGCUUUACAUGGAGCACUAUAGUGUGUUAAAAAACAAAUUGCACAAUAAUUCCUUUUAGAAAAUGAGUGCUUGGGUUAAUUCUGAAGAUUUUAUUUAAAUAGAAGUGAAUGUGAAAUUUAGAACAGAAAUGCAUAUUGUACAGUUUGUUUUGCCUCAUAAGCUGCUUUGGUUUUGCAACACUUGUUUUCCUGAAGUGUGCAACAUUCCUUAAAUGGAUUGUACGUUCUCACGUUUUAGCCUUGCAUGCAUAUUUUACAUACAAUUUCUCAAUGCAUACCAUACUCUGAGGUAAUCUUUCUAAUAGCUCAGUUGUUAGAACUGUCAGUCUCAACCUGAAACAUCCACACAGCAGGAGUAAACAUAUUAAUCAUGAAGAAAAGACUUGUGGAAUUUCGGAGGUUUAUCAUCAGAGUUUUGGAUUUCAAAACAACAAAAAAAACCCUGAAAAUCAGUUAAAUGUACAAAGUAUUAGAUGCUUGUAAAUGCUUUUGCUGUGUGCUUGGUUGCAAUGUAAAUGAUGUGGUUUAUCAGAUGUGAAUGAGCUGACACUGUAAAAAGUAAUUAAGGUAUUUGUACCUGCUUUCAAUAAUUUAAUAGCGAGUGGUUUUGAAUUUGUGUGUCAUAAAUCUGCCUUUUGUUUGUCACUGGCACACAUUGUUUGAGGAAUGAGCGAUAGAAGAAUGUCUGUCAUGUUUGUAUUGUGGCUUUCAGUCCACAUCAUGAUGAUUUGAUGUGUAGUUUGUAGUUGAAGGAGGUCAUUUGUUUUUAAUUUAAAGGAUAACUUCAGUAUUUUUCACCCUGGACCCUUUUUUUCCAUGUUUUUGCAUCUAAGUGACUAUUGGGAACAACAAUGUUUGAAAGUGAUCCAGUUUUUGUGAGAAGGCUGCAGCCACCAGCCGUGACACAGGCUACAGUAUAACCACUUGGGGUAUGUGUGCACUGUCAAUGUACGUCAACUAAAAGUGCUUGUUUUUGCCACUGACAGGCUCAUAUUGCUAUUAUAAGGGGCAACAUUAUGGAAAGGAUCCCUACAGAGAUUGAGCUUUUGGUUAAAUAGUAACAUCCUUCUUGUUAAACCAGAAACAGCCCCUGAAAUCGCUGUCGCCAAACCCAACAGACAUUUACUUAAACAACCAUUUUCGCAUGUAUAGAGGUAGUAUAUGUUCACAUAUAACUGAGUGAAAUAAGGGUUUAUUUUAACCAAGUGAAGACGACCAGAAAUGUUUUCUCAUGAGUUUUAUUUUGGUUCUGUUGACUUUGGGAAAACAAAGUGUAUUUUACAAAGAUAAACUUACUGUAUAUUUAAAUGACAUCUGGUGAGCGCAAGCACUUUUAGUGGACUUCAACUGACGGUGGGCACAUAUGCCCACAGUGGUUACAGUACAGCAUGUUUCAUGGCUGCAGUGCUCUCGCUCAAUAGUGUACCGAUUCUAUAAAAAUUGUUGUCUCUAUUGGUACUUUAUAAACAAAAACCAUGGAAAAAUAAAGUUCAUGUCAAAAAAUACCAAAGUUAACCUUAAAUCAUUGACUUUUUUGUUUUACAAGGACCAGAACAGUAUGUACAGACUGACUUUUAAAAUCAGUAAAGACUACGUCGAAGGUUUUUAUCCUGUGUGUAUCACCAAUAGUGCACUGAAGAUUCAAACACACAAUUCUGUAAUGCCAGUACAAAGGUGUUAUCAGUUUAUGAUUUAUGUCAUUUUUACAUGAAGAUACAGUUGUUUUACUUGAAGGGGAAAUGUUUUGAAAUGUAACCUGUGGUUCUAAAAACAUUGUUGCUAAUUGCUGUCUUCUUGCGUCCAUUUGCUCAUCAGCUCUUUUCUUGCCUUUAAUUGCUGUGUAUUUUUUAAGGAAACAUUCUUUUCAGUCUGUACGAGCUGUGACCACAAUCACUUUGUUUGCAAUAUCAGUUGCAUAUUCACUUGAAAGAAUGUUGGGCAUUAUGAACUAUGUAUUUGGUCAUUGAAUUACACUUGAAUUAAAGAAGGACAAUAAUACAAA